AUGAAACCCAUCAGCCAACAAUCGCUUUCCGGAGUUUUCCGAAACAUUUUUCUGCUGCACGCUUACCUGGGCAGCGCACAAUCUACACUGGUAGAAAUGGUGGAUGCAAUAGCUACGUUCGAUAACACUAGCGGUACGUAUGGAACAAACGUUUGCAUAUUUACCACCAGCAACUCUUCGCUUCCAACAAUUGCUCCUCUCCUAAUUCCGACUUUGCUGGCAAAGUAUCCAACGACAUUUUUGAAGAUGAACGAUUACGUCUACGUUGAGUCCGCGAACCUGGCGACUUUAGUGCUGCUGGAUCUAACGGGCUACCGUUACGAGUUUCCUUUUCGCUUCAUACAAAAGCGCCUUAGCCAACAUCCAUGCUACAGGAAAUCGGCCAAAUUUGUCAUUCUGAUGGGUGCCACCAGCUUUCAGCGAAAGGAAACGGCGGUAGCGUAUAUGGAAAAGUUCUCGAUCCUGAACUAUAUACUCAUACCGGUGACUAAUUCAUCGAGUUCGUUGACGGUGUACACUAAGCAUCAGUUCACCGAUCAGGAGUACUACUUUCGUUCGGACGAUCGACCAGUGCAACAAUUCUUCCCCGACAAACUACGCAACAUUAAUGGCUACAAGUUCCAGAUGCACGGUAUCACCGCCUAUCCCUAUAUGGUGUUCGACGACGAGGGAUAUGUUUACGGUUUGGUGCCAAAUUUUUUGAAGAUAGUAAUCCGAGAACGAUGUAACGGUACGAGUUCCUUGACAGAGAACUCAAAACUACGUGCUGCACUGGACGGAUAUUUCAACAUUGAAGAAGAACGUUUGAGCUAUCAACAUACGUUAUACUUCCGGGAAGAGUCGGGCAUUCACAUCGUUUGUCCAGUUCGGACGGUGCGCGAUUUCCUGCGUCAUCUGUUGAAACCGUUUUCGAUUGGGAUUUGGCUCAUUCUCGCCGGCCUGUUCGCUUUCUGCCGUGUCGUACAGAUCCUGUUUCCGGACCUGUACCGAUACGAUUUGAUCGCACUCACCUUUUUCGGUGGUGGUGGUAUCGAGUAUCAGCAACCAUUUACGUUCCGUGUUAUCACGCUGACACUCGCGGUGCUGGUAUUCUUCCUGUCGGAAGCAUACAAUACCAAAAUUAUCUCGCUAAUGUCGUUGGCAAAAUUUUACGAACAACCGCAAACGAUCGAUGAGCUACGUAAUUCAGAUUUUCGAAUUCUCUCGUCCCGUGCCGGCACCGAAUUUUUGGGUCCUAUAUCGAACAACUUUUUGUCGUACCCUGCAACACUGCGUGCGGAACGGCGGCUUGGGUUUCGGGUGCUCGAACAUUACUGCUCAAUGAUGCACCUGGGAAACGCGUGGAUAGCCGUAUCGCAGGCGAUGAAUAAUCUUUACGUUGGGCUGUACAUCGUGGAAGAACCACUGCUAAUCAACAAAAAUCUCAUCCAGCUCGCCCAGCACUCACCAUUUUUCGAUCUGUUUGUAAAGAUAUUCGGAUUGUUGAAUGAUAGCGGUGUGUGGACUUACAUGUUAACACAGUCAAAGGCGAUGCUGUAUGAAAGUAUAGAGGAAGCACCAUUUCAGGAGGUCAUUUUCUUUUUCAAUGAUUUAUACUGUGUGUGGAUACUGAUCGUUGUUGGAUGGUUGAUCAGUACCGUGUGUUUUGUGGGCGAAAUCGUCAUAGCAAAGUUUAGGCAACGGAAAUUAAGACGCGCUAAAAGGUUCCUUAAUGUAGCUCGAAAAUAUCGCUUUGUAAAAGCUUGGUAUAAUCCACACUGA